AGGAAGUCAAUGCAAUACCGGACCGUGCGGCAUUCUGUGAGUUGUAGUCAUGUCUCUCUGAGACAAACAGGGAGCUACCAAAGCCUUGGACUACACUUCCCGGCAGCGCCCGCGAACGCCGCUGUCCCCCGAUCGAAGCCUUGCUUACAUUGUAUCCAUUGUAUUGUUUUGCAGGCAUUUUCUUACAUCUUUCAGAACGUUAGAUCGCAAGGUGCAAAGCAUGGGGGACGAACAGGAGAUCAUGUGCAAAUUGGAGAGCAUUAAAGAGAUCAGGUACCUGCUCUGAACUUCCUAUUUUUUCCCAGUGGAUUUCUUCCAUCUUGGCAGGCAUUUUUUCCCUUGUAAAACCUAUUGUUAUCUUACUAAGACUAAAUCUAUAAUGGGUGCUGGGACUCUCCCUUUUAACUGUUCCUGGGAAAUUCUAUAGUGUAUUUAAUCUAUGAGGAAAUUGGGGUUUGAUUUAAUCUAGAAUGGUGUGUUUAUAAUAAUCAAAUGGAUCUGCAUAUUUGUGUGUGUAUAUAUGUAUCCAGGAAUAUAUUGUGGAUUCUGGGCUGCCUGUAUUCCAUACAUGGAACGCUUUGGAAUCUAUAUUCGUGUUUCAAGUCUUAGAUCACAUUUUGUGUCGGUAUAUAUCAUUCAUAUGCCAGUGGUAACUGCAUUUUUCGAUCUGCAUUGCACGAAUAAUAUUCCACUAAUAAACAUUCAUUGUCCCAGAGAACAAAACACACUUGGAGAUUUUUAAUAAUUUGGAUAAAAUAUUAUUGCAUUGAAGUGACUAGAUCUCUUCAGGAACUUUAGUCGAUCCGGCAGUUUAGUUACAGAUGUGUGCAUGUUUGUUUAUUGGCUCUGUGGCACUGUAACUAAUGGAGAUAUCAUCCCAAUCACUAAAUCAUGCAUCUGUCUAAUGCACAUACACACCAGCCGUAAAGGGUUUCCAAUAGCAGGCAGUUAAGUGCCAUUGCAUGGAUAGUUUCAAUGGACAAUAAAUAAAGAUUCAAGGACUCUGCAUCUCUUUGGGUGGUAGAGUGAGAGUAUUAACACUCAGGGGUACUCAAACUCCGUCCCCCCCAAAUGUUGCUGAACUACAAUUCCCAUGACUCUCUGGCUAUCUAUGUAAUUCAAAGAAUUAUGGGAGUUGUAGUUCAGCAACAUCUGGGGGGCCAGAGUUUGAGGACCCCUGACCAAAGCCAAAAGUACUGCUGUAAAGGCAGGAUGUAGUGAGUGAUACAGGCUGUAAAGGACUCAAGUCCUCCUUUCACAUAUAUCAGUCCAAAAAAAACCAAAAACUUAAUCCUGAAGCAAUUUCCAAAUUGUGUCACAAAAUGGGGCAACAAUCCUUCUUGACUUCAAAAUGGCAAUUAGUUUUCACAUUGGAAAAACAAACUGGUACACCACAUAUAAACUGUGAAAUCCUUAUUCCGUUUUCCUAAAAAAUAAUGUAAUGUAUAUUAUUUUAUGCUCAGAGCUCAAAAAUGAAAUUGUUUUAUAAAGAGUUUCAAAAGAGUUGAUAUUUAAAAUACCACAUUUGAAAAUGGUUUCUCUUUUAGAGUAAUGUAGCAUCAGCUGUUCAUUUCCUUGCAGACUGUUUGUACAUAAUAUAAUUGGGCAUUUGCUGUAUAUUGAUGGAUCAUGUUACCCUCUGUGUCUGUAGAUAGGUUUAAAAAAAAAAAAAAAAAAAAAAAAAUUACAAGGAGAGAUGGGGUUGUAUUGAAUUAGCAAUCAUCACUUUGAAGUGUUUUGGUACAUGUCAUGUUUCUGUAAAUCUUCAUAAAAUGCAUUGGGGAUUAUGUAAUGCUAUCAGUAAAUUGCAAUGUUUCUGUAGUCGGAAUGGUUCAUUUUUGAAGACUGCAGCUUCUGUCUGACAAGACAGGCUGUUAUUUGUGGCAGUACUGCAAGGUAACAUGAUGGUAGCCCUAGGCAUACUCUUCAACUCCUCUCUGUGCGGUUGUAAUUAGGUGUUAAUGAUGUUACAGCUUCAUCCUUUUUCACUGCCAGCACCACAGACAGCCUUGGUGUAAAGAGUUUGCCCCUGAGAUGGUGACAUGUGAAUUCCUGUCAAGAAGUACAAAAUCAUGCAACAAUUAUUGAGUGAAAUUCAGAAACGUGUGGAAUACAGUUCUUGUACAUUAGGCACUUUACAUGAUGGAGUUUAUUUAUACAAUCAGGAAUUGUGGAAACGUGGCAGAAUCUGGCGAUUUUUGGCUUGAAAAUUGAAAUUCACUUUGAAUUCUAAUAAUUUACACUUAAAAGGGCACCUUGGGCAUCAAUACAACUUUAGCUUAAUGAAGCAGUUUGGGUGUAUAGAUCAUGCCCCUGCUGUCUCACUGCUCAGUUCUCUGCCAUUUAGGCAUUGAAUCACUUUUGUUUCUGUUUAGUCUGCCCUAGCCACACCAUUUCUAGCUGUAACUGACUCAGCCUGCUUUAAAACAAGGGAUUCAUUUUCAAUCAGUUGUUAAUUUGCUUUAUAAGUUUAUAUCUGCAGGGUCUAGAAGGAUAUUAAAAGAACAGAAGAUAAGGAAUUCCAAAAUAAAUGUGCAAUAAAGGACAUUUAACCCCUUAAGGACACAUGACAUGUGUGACAUGUCAUGAUUCCCUUUCAUUCCAGAGGUUUGGCCCUUAAGGGGUUAAACAUUAGAUCUCUCUUAAUAGGAAGUGUUUAGGAAAGGUGUGUAAGUCACAUGCAGGAAGGUGUGACAAGAGCUGCAUAAACAAAGUGAUUUAACUGCCAAAUGGAAGAGAAUUUAGCAGUUAGACUACAGGGGCAUGAUAUAUACACCUAAACUGCUUCAUUAGGCUAAAGUUGUUUUGGUGUCUAUAGUUCCCCUUUAACUCAUAGAACAUCAGUAAAAUGGUUGAAGUCUCUCCUAGCAGAGUUACUUACUAAACCUGCAAUAGACCGAAAUAGCUGAGCUGCAAAUAUGUAUUGCUGUAUUGGUCAGUUUUCUCAGAUUGACUGACUGAUUUAACAGAAACGUCAUUCCUUUGUGAAUUUACCACUGCUCCCCGCUUAGUGACAAAGUCUGCUUAUGUUCAUCUCUCUGCACUGAUUUCCCAGCUCCCUCACAUGCUGUCUGUGUAUUGGGACUAGAGCUGGAACUUCCACACUAUCAAAUCCUUUCAAGAAAAUAAUCCCCCACCUCCCCAACUCCAAAAUAUGGAAAUAAAAAGGAAAUUUUGUGUGUUUGUGUAUAAAAGUCUGUUUGUUUGUCUAUGAAUGUAUAUUUUCUUAUGACACUGUGUAUAUGUGUAUUCAUGUGUGUGUUUGCAUAUGAGCUGUGUGUGUGUGUGUGUGUGUGUGUGUAUAUGAGUGUAAGUAUUUGUUAAUAUAAAUGUCCUAUGUAUAGGAAUAAGAGUGUGUGUGUGUGUGUUUUUUUUCCCCUAACAAACAAAAGGGGAUUGGGGGCAUUUCUGGCCCAAUGGCAUGUAACCUACGUACACCUUUAUGUUCAUGUCAGUGCAGAACAGUGGUGAUAUAUAUAUAUAUAUAUAUAUAUAUAUAUAUAUAUAUAUAUAUAUAUUGUGUGUGUGUGUGUGUGUAUGGUUUUGUUAAGUUUAAAAAAAAAAAUGUAAUUCAAUAUUUUAGUUGUCUUGAGUGUGUGUGUUUGUUUUUCUCUGUAACUUUUUGGAUGUUACUGUUUUGUUUUUAUUUCUUAAACGGUGUCUUGGUCAUUUUGUGAAAAUAUAUUAGCGUUCUACUUGUUUCUGCUCUGACAAUUGAUAAGUCAUUAAACCAUCUAUUACUAAAUUAUAAGAUGACACUCCCCAGCAUAUCUUAUUUUUCUAGUUUUCAUCUGUUAAAUAUAAGAUGGGGUCAUUAUCACACAUAGUGUAAGCAUAGGCUGCAGCAUGUGCAAGACUUUUUUGUUGUUGUUUUUAAUCUUUUCAAAAGUGAGCCUCACUCAAUCCCAGCAUGGGACAUUCUCCUAUAUUUCUUAUUCUACAAUAAUUUAUCGCAACCCGAUAACUGAAAAUGUCUUGUGUGCAUAAAAAUGUAAAACAUAAUAUUAUUAAUAAAAAAAAAAAAAAAAAUCCAUUCACUUGAAAGCCAAUAACUGUGAUAUAUUGUUAUUUCUAAAGCCCUGCAGAAUAACAUUUAUAGGAGAACCUCAAAGAUAUAAACACUAAUAAUACAUUCCAAGUGAGAGGUGAUUGAUAUAAGCCUAGGUAUUGCUUGAUUAAUGGUCAGUACCUAGUAAUGGGGGUGGGAGGCCCUGCUCCUGUAAAUGGCAAGACUUUUUUUAGAAGUGGUUUAAACAGGCAUUUGUGUUGACAUGAACAGCUAAGUGAUCUUUUUACUGAACACUUGGUUGGUGCCAUGUAGUACCAAGCAGUAAAUGGGGAGAUAAUCACUGUAAAAUUGCAUGGUGUGUGAAUAUGUCGAUAUAAUGGUUGUUUAGUCAUUUUGUUUUCUUAAUUGUGCUUUAAGAGUCAAAAAUCAAUAUAGUGCCUAUAAUUAGCUUUGCCAGGAAUAACUGUGUACGAAUUCCACACAUCAAAUAACAUGAUGAGUGUCUACAUAGAUGUAGCUUACUUCUUGAAAGCAAAUUUGGAAUUGGUAUAAUAAAAUCAAAAGUAAGCACUAGAGAUGUUUUGAGAUAAAAUUCCAACCCAGCAGAUAAGUACAAUAACAUAUUUUGGGGGAAAAAAAAUUAAUCAUUUUAAAAUACUUUUAUUAAAAAAAAAAAACAACAACACAUUUUUAAUUUAAGUUUUUUUUUUUCUUUUCAUUUCAAGGCUUUAUUAAGGCAUAGAGUUGUAAUUACAGUUACAGUAGAACAUUAUUACAGUGAAGGUGUACGGGAGACUCGCAGGUCUCAGUGUAAUAGGACAGUGACACAGAGGUUUUUCACCUAUUUGGCGUUUGCUUCUGCUGCUGUCAGCGGCCAGGUAGUUCAGACAUUUGUUUAACAAUUUUAAGCAUUCAUGUUUGAAUGUCACCCGUCAGCAGAUGAAGGCCAGUUCGGGGGUUGAGUUGUAAAGGCAGACAUUGUUGUUAAUAUAUGAUAAGCAUCUAACGGCAAUACAAUAGCAUUCAUGGCACGUCAUCUAGCCUUGUUAGACAGGUCAGUAAAGUGUACAGCUUUGUUGUGGUCUAUGUAAGGACAUAGGUCGCAUUAUAGAUUAUACAGUAGGAAUUUUUAGCUAUGUGGUGCAUUCUCUUAGUACAGCUAGCCUGCUGGAUGGGGUAAGUAUUAGAUGGCAGCGGCUCCUGGGUUGUUGGUGGUGUGUCGGGCAGGUUUUCUGAUUUGGCAAGCCGAGUACGGCGUGCAGAGGUGGGUGGAGGGGGUGUGUGGGCAGCAGGGAGACACGGUCCUGGGAUCUCUGUCAGGUAGGCCUGUUCAAGAUCCGUUGGGGUGGAGGGCGGGGAGCAGUUGUCGAGGAGUGGGGCGUUUGGAGGUCGAGGGUCCGUCAGGUAGUUUUGUCCUGUGUGUGUGUUUGCUACGGGUGUCCCCACUGUGCUAGUCGCUGUUCUUUAAUGUUUGUAGGCGGUGGUUGUGUGUGUGUCAUGCGUCGGGGUGUUGUCUUGUUGGGGUGUCACCUCUGUGUCUGGUGUCCGUCUGCGUCUGUUUAAGGCUCUGGUUAGCGUCGGGGUUGUAUCGGUCGAGCGGAUACUGUUCCGGGUUGUGAGGGUUGGGUGGUGUCUGGUAUCGCGGUAUAGUGUUCUUGGGUAUUGGGCGCUUGGGCAAUCUUGUUGGGUUGGUUCAUCCCUUAUCCGGCGUGUGCUGGUCGUGGUGGGUCUUUUGUGAGUGCUGUGGUGUGUAGUCGGUCUCGCAGGUGAGGGGGCGUCUCUGCGUGUGUAGGUUGUGUUCUCAAGUCAGCCUGUCGGCGGUGGGUCAUGUGUUUUAAUGUGUGUUAUGGGGGGGAACGGGGGGAUGGGGAUGUAGGUUAAUGGGGUGAGGAUAUUGCGGGUGGGGGGAGGGUGCGGGAGGGUAGGGGGGGGAUGUCAGGUCCCCACCCCAGCGCGGGGCAUCUCCAGCUCUGCGUGGUCGUCUUGGUUUGGUUGGGUCAUUGGUCCAGCUUCCGUAUUAUCGCCAGUCGGUUCCGUCAGGGCGUCCCGUCUGCCUCCACUGCUUAAUUUAAGUUUUUAAGUUAAUUUAAAAAUACUUUUAUUUUCUAUUGACUUAUGCCAUUAAAUGAAAUGCAAAAAAUACAAUCUUUCUAGCCUCAAUGCUAGCAAGCUACACCAGAUCAAUCUUCUUAUAUGAUGUGAACCAUUGCCUCUAUAAUCUUCACACACCUGUCAAUUAGCUGGUGUACAUAUUACUCAUAUGCAAGGAUUAUAUUCAAUUUAUUAUGUUUGUAAUCCCCAAGCGGACCAUCAAAGUUUCUUACUAGUUGAAACUUCUGGAUAGAUGAUUGUGACUCUAAAUAAACGUUAAAUCCUACUGACUAUGGGUACAUGAGGAUAGGAAUAAAAAUGAUUGUGUUACUACAAACAUAUGCAACUAUUUUUGUGGAAUUGUUAAAAAUAAGUAAAUACACUCAUGGCAACCUUGUUUGUUUGUUACUUAAGGAACAAGACUCUUCAGAUGGAGAAGAUAAAGGCUCGGUUGAAGGCAGAGUUUGAAACAUUAGAGUCUGAAGAACGCCACCUGAAAGAGUACAAACAAGAAAUGGACCUCCUCCUUCAGGAGAAGAUGGCCCACGUGGAGGAGCUGAGGUUGAUCCAUGCUGAUAUUAAUGUGGUAAGUUCUACUGCUCUGGAAGAUUCCUUUGUGUCUGAUAUUAUAAAGAACUGAAUUCUUCUCUUCCUUGAAGGGAUACUCCAGGCACCCAGACCACUUCUGCCCAUUGGAGUGGUCUGGGUGCCAACUCCCACUACCCUUAACCCUGCAAGUGUAAUUAUUGCAGUUUUGAUAAACUGCAAUAUUUACCUUGCAGGGCUAAGUCCUCCUCUAUUGGCUGUCUAUCAGACAGCCACUAGAGCAGACAGCCACUAGAGGGACUUCCGUGUUCUUAGAACACGAAAAGUGGUUUAAGCAACGCUGGACGUCCUCACGCUAUGUGAGGACUUCCAGCUUAGCCGAAAUCCCCAUAGGAAGGCAUUGAAUAAUGCUUUCCUAUGGGGAGGUCUAAUGCACGUGCGCGGCUGACGUCAGCGGGGGAAGAGAGUAGGCGGAGCCUGACCGAGGGUCAUCGGUAAGUCACUGAAGGGGUUUUAAGCCCUUCAGUAACUUGGGAUGGGGGUGGGAGGGAGAGGGGCACUACAGGGUCCUGCAGUGCCAGGAAAGCUGUGUUAAAUGAAUACUCCGCCAUAACUACUACAGCCCACUGUAGUGGUUAUGGUGCCUGCAAUGCCCUGGAACGCUACCAGUGUAAAUAGACAAACUAUUUAAGAAUGGUCUGACAGCUUUUGUGGGUUCUGCCAGACACAGGUCCCCUCAUCCAGUUCCCCCUCAAUAUCCUGCACUGAGCUAAGCGUGACAAUGUAGCUCUUGCUCCACAAGAGGAAGUCGCUGGCAGUUGAGCAGUCAGACUGUCCUCAAAUGGUUUGACUACUUGCUGUAGGAGCACCCAGAAAGCCUAUAAAUGCACCAUAAAACAGUGCUAAAGGAGCAAGACUUCUAAACUGGAGAUAAAAACAGCCAGAGCUCUUGAAAAAUGUCAAAAUGCAUUGGAUCAGAGGCUUUUUUUUUUUAUCCUCAUUUUAUGUAUCUUUUAGCACUGUUUCGUGAUCCUUUUUCAGCUGGAAACAUGUUAUAUAGUGAACUUUAUAGUGGAAAUAAAUUUGAUUUACAUAAUUUCAGAUAUAAACACAUACAUAUAUAUAUACAGAAUAUAUUGACAUUUUAUAAAUAAUGCAGCAAUAGCUAUUACUAAGAACAUUAUGAUUGUUUCUAAUGUGUGCUAACCCGGUCCUGAGUCAGCAUUCCAUUUACAGUAUAUUGUGGAUUAAUAUAAUUAAUAGGGCAGAGGUUAAAUACCUUCUGAUUCCAGGAAAUAUAAAUCACACCUGUCUCAAAAUCAAUACCAUCCUGCAAAACAAAACCCUAAACAUGCAGUUCUGGUUGAAUCCAUCUCUAUUAAAGGAUCACUAUAGUAUCAGGAAAACAAACUCGUUUUCCUGACACUAUAGCAGCCUUACGACCCUCCCCAUCCUCAGGGUCCACCUCCCUUGGCACUGAAGGGAUUAAAACCCCUUCAGUUACUUACUUUAAUCCAGCACAGGGGCUCCAUCGGCGCUGGUGACCUCUCCUCCCCCACCGACGUCAGCUCCCGAACUGCUAUGUUUACAUCCGAAGGGUUAAUACCUGGGGCACCUGGCACCCAGACCACUUCAUUGAGCUGAAGUGGUCUUGAUGACUAUAGUGUCCCUUUAAGAUAUAAAGUAUUUGGAUUCAUUUGUAGCUUAAAAGUAAACCGGCAAACAUUUGAAAGCAAUGAGCCCUCUGCUCCAAAAAUAAACACAGUUUAAAACCAGUAUUUUGCUGUAAAUGUCCUAUGAGAUAGUAACAUAUAUUUCUGGUAUGUAGCGGGCAGUACAUUGUGAUAAUAAUAGUUUUACAAUGACGGCACUAAACACUGACUUAAUGGCUAUGCGUCUGGCUUGCAGCAUCAUAUCACCGUACUGAAAAUCUGUUUAUGUUGCCAGCCACGAGUACGAUAAACUUGUUUUUAAAUGUUUAGCUAUAAAAUCUGCUAUGAAUUGUACCACAAAACAUUGCUUAAAAAGUGAUUGUAUUCCUGAGAAUCAUUCCUGGGGGCAGAGUUAAAUGUUUCAUACUCGACAAGUUAUUUGUGAAUAUAUUCCUAGAUUGACAUUUGUUUUACAAAACAUGACUUGGAAAAAGAGUGUUUUUAGCAUUUUGUCAGUUUAGAAUAAGAAACAUAUGUCUGUUUUUUCUAUUUAAAUGCAUUACAUGUCCCUUGCCUCCUGAAUGUGAAUUUAUUAUUCCCAAAUACUACUGCCCUUUUUAUUUUUUUAUUUUUAUUUGUUGUACUUUUAUUCUGGAAAUUGUGGGGUUUUGUUUGUGUCACAAAGCCCCACUGUAAAAAUCUGUAUUUUUUAAAAUUACCAUAAUGUGUUCAUAAACUAAAUUUAAAAAAUAUAUAUAAUCUUUUUCUAAAUGACUUGUUUAUAGAAAUAACUGGCUGUGUGCAUGUCACAAGGAAAUCUAAAAUGUUAUGUAAGAGCGAGAGUAGCCUAAAUAGUGACUACAUCAUGCAGACUUAUAUAGUAUUGAUAGGGUGCUGAAAUUACUCCUGGCUAAAUGUUACACAGAAGAAGCUGGUAGAUCUUCUGUGAGAUCCACUUUUAUAAAAUGGCUUCUUUUUCCAUUUCUUAAUGGAAGUUUCACCCAUAGUCAAAUAAGCUCCUGGUUUAUCCUUAUUUAGCCUUUUUUUUUUUUUGCACUCUGAUGCUAUGUAGGUACUAAUUCGCUGUACAUUUGAUUUGUAAUCCAUAUUAUUUUUGUGAAACAAAUGCCUACAUCCCUAGCCAGUGAUGGCUAAUUUAAAGAAGCCCUGCUUCCGUUCCCAGAAAAUGUUGAGCUUUUUAUAAAUAUAAAAUCUUUAUGAAAUGCUCAUAAACAUUGUGUUGGUAUUUCACUGAAUUUCCAACGCAAUCAAAAGACCUCAUAAGACAAAGAAGGGGUUACUAUGUCUUACGGUAAAUGUUUACCUUGACAAAACUUGAUUAUGCAGAGCUAUCCACUUUCCACAGCCGUCACUAGUAACAGGUGUGGGAUAAGGUAUUAUCUUACUCAUUGUGAGAUAAUAUCUACGGAGGCUCUCACGGAAUCCUCCAUAAAUAAGUGUUUUACACUUGUGCAUACACUGAUGUGGGCUCUGGGCACCAGGACCUGAAACAAGAUGGCGGGGGGACAGCAUCAGCUAAGUAUACCUCACCAUAGCUGUAUCCCUUAGGCCACUGCACCCCAAGUGGUGAUGUCACCUCCGUAAAGGAUCUCAGAAGGUGACAGAGCCGACCAAGCAGCUUUAAACUAAGACUAUAGGCACUGUAAGCAUUUCAUCUCAUUGAAUUGGGUAACGUGCCUUGGAGUCCCCUGGCACUGUCCCUCCAUUCAGUUAAAAAAAAAAUAAUAAAAAAUAAUAAUAAUAUUUGAACACUAAAUAAGGGUCCAUGUCCACCCACAGUCCGGCUCCUACUGGAGGUAUGGCUAAGGCAAAAAUUACGAUUUCUAGUCAUACCAAAUAAUACCAGCAAUGGGUGCUUUGACCGUCUAAAAGCAGUCAGCCCAUUACUGCUCCUCAGGCUAAUGAUUCCUCAUUAGUCCAAGUAGCAAAAGGUUGAUGGACUGCUCAUUUAGCAUGAAAACACUAAAAACGGUUUAAUGUUGAAUUGAAGGAGAGCAUCGGGGGACUCUAGACACUUCAAUCAGAUGGGUUCAAAGUCUACAGUGUACCUUUAACAUCCCUAUGAUGCUCAUUUAGCCUUUGUUCCCAGGGGAAUUUCUUCUUAUUUAAAAAAUAAAAUAGGCACUGUGCCAUCUGACUGCAAGAGAUAUUUAUUUUUACCAUAUUUAGUCAUGAAUUCAUACAGCUUUAAAAAUCUAAUGUUAUUUAACCCCUAAUGUGAAUUAACCUGACUAUAAUCACUGUGUAUACUCUGGCAAUCUACCUAGGUUUUCAUUUUAUAUUGCCUUUAGUCAUUUUCUGAUUUGAUUAGGUUAAUCCUAUCAUUCUCAAAUGAUGCCUUAGAAUGUGGAGUCUAGUUUCAUCGGGUUCCAAAACACAAUAAAAAUUGUUCUUAAUGCUGAUCUGCUUAGGAGGCAGCUUACAAUGGAGAUCUGUGUUUCACUGCCCUGAGCAUUGUGAUACAGCUGAGUUUAUACAUCUUUAACACAGUUUAUUCCAGCCUCUGAUCAGUGACCUUGAAGAGGACACAGUAAAUCCUUUUUUACAUAAACUGACAUUUCUCCAGGGAAUGUUUAAAUUAGGGAGCAACCAUAAAAAUGGCCAUGAAGUAAACAAAUAAAUGGCCGACCUUUCAGAUUGUUCAUGAAAUGUUAUCAUGAUCUUUCAUCUUGAAGUACAAUGAUAACGAAAACAGUGAUGUUUAUUUCAGAAGUGUAUAUUCCAUCUCUUUUGGUUUUUAAUACCAAAACAAAUGAUAAAACAAUAGGGACAUAUUAACUGGCAAUUACAUGUCCAAAUUCCCAAGUGAUAUAAUUUGGUUACUUACAAAUGUACCAAGCCUUUGACCAAGGCUGUGAAGUGCAAUUUCCAUAUGAAUUUAAAAACUUCCAAUUAUAGGAAAUACAUUUUCUUUAAUUUUGAUUAUAUUCUGACAAAAGAUUACAUUUAUUACAACCUUGGGGUGUUUAUUUUUGUAUUGAAUACAUAAACCUGAAUACUUAUUUUCAGUGCAUCUUAUGGCUUACCUUUUGCUCCAUAGGGGCAGACACUUUGGUUCAAACACUAGAUACCUGCUAAAAACAUACACAAUUUCAGGUCUGAAACCAAAGUGAAUUUAAUAGAUACUCAUUGCUUGUGGAUGAUGACAGGACUUGUGAACACACACUAGCUGAUUACCUGCACAACGUUUGGUUGGAUAAACUGUGCUUUCAACCAAAGUGGACUAAAAUAUGACUGCAUCCAUAGAGCAACGGUAACCCAAGACAUUAUUUACUUAAUAAGUUCAUGGCUAUAUAUUUUAAAUGUAUGCAUUACAAAAUAAUACAGGAGGCUAUAAUACAAUCUUUCAAUUUCAAUUAUAAAAAAAUUGUUUUGCUUUAACUACAGCAGACACUGCAGAAAUAUUUUUAAAAGCCUUUAAGAAAUGUUUGUGUGUGCAUGGAUAAUUAGAACUUUCAUUAGUACCUGUGUAAUUUCGUUUCAAAAUGGCUUUAUUCAAACAUAAGUAUUUCAGGGUAUGCCCUGACCACUGUACAUCAGCAGGUAUCUAUAGAUUGAACAAGUAGACAAGAUAUAACGGACUCGCGGGUCCCAACGUGAAGUGUGUGAACAUCACUCAGACAAUGUUACAUAUUAUAUCUGUAUGGCAUUUGGUCGCGUUUAGCACGUUAGUAUAUACAUAUGGGUGAUCUGAUUGCGGCUUGAGUAGAGGAAUAUUCAUAAGUUUGUGCCUUGUGUCUGUUUUAUGUUUUCCUCUAAUAUUUCCUUAUCACCCCUGAGCCUCAUUCUCUUUGGGGUGGCAAGGUCUAUUGGUCCGUCGUGAUAGGUCAGAUGUCGUUCAGGGGUGUGUCUUAUUCGUGUUGUGUGGUCGCAUGAUGAAGGUGUUUGUUUCCAUUUUGGUGUGUAAGUGUGAGUGAGUGACACAAUUGUGGGCAAUCUCGGAUUAAUGAGGGCUACGAGUACCUGUGUAAUUUGCCCACAGCUAUAACAGAACAUGGCUCUGUGUUGGGUGGGUUCCUCCUCAAUGCCCACUGUUGUGUGCUGUCUCACAGUCAGGUAGAAUUUCCUGGGUCAUGAUGUCACAUUCCAUAACUCUUUUCUUUGCAUGGAACACAGCUUGGAAGCGGUAACUGACAUUAUACCUGAUCAUAAGGGACAAGGCCCUACACCUUACUACUGGCAUAUUAAAGUAGCACUAUAACCAGUACAGCUGUAAUUGGCUGAGAGUUGCAGCUGACUGCUUUCAGCCUAUCACAAAACCCAUCCAUAGCUGGUAUUAGUUGGUAUGGCUUGAAGGGAGUGUGUAAUCUCACCAUACCUCCACUAGGGGCAGGCUCUCAGAAGCCAGGGAUCCUCAUUCAGUGUUACAAUGCUUGAAAAUGGUUUAAUGCUAAUUUAAAGGACCGUGCCAGAGAACUCCUAGCACUAUAGCCAAUCCAAUAAGAUGACAUAGUUUAUAGUGCCUGAAGUUUUCCUUUAAACAGAGGAAUAUGUAUAAUAAAAUACAUAUAAUAUGGGCAAGCUUCCACAAUCUCAAUGAUGUUCCUGAAUGUAAUUAUUUGUAGAUUGGGUCUCCAUAAUAUUGGAUCAUAAUGGAAUGUGGCGAGUAUGUAAUCAAAGUGUAUUCAGUUUCCAAAUAAUAUUGUGUGUUUAGUUUACGGAGCUUAUGUUAUAAAGUAUUAUAACCUCCACAGGGUAAAUCUGACCUUUAAUGAUGUUUGAAUGGUUGCUAUAAUGCCUGCUGUGACUUAAACUUCUACAGAUGGAAAACACGAUCAAACAGUCCGAGAAUGACCUCAAUAAGCUGCUGGAGUCCACACGGAGGCUGCAUGAGGAGUACAAACCCUUGAAGGAGCAUGUGGAUGCCUUGAGGAUGACGCUAGGCUUGCAGAGGCUGCCGGAGCUGUGUGAGGAGGAGGAGAAGUUAUCACUUGAGUGAGUGCUUGGUUUAUGUAUUUACUAUUGGUAGUGCAGCUAUUAGUGUUUCUGGUAUUCUUAAAUGAUGUGCUGUCACUUUAGAAAAACUGGAUGAUUUCUCUACCUUUUGCUAGCAAAUGUAUAGGUUUAUUUUUUUACUUUAACGCUGACACUUCGACUGCUCACAUACUCUGCAAAACUGGCUGCAACAACAUGGAAUUUCUAGUAUGCAAGCACACUCCAAGCCUUAUGGGAUGUUAUACUUAGCAUUUGCGAUUGGAUGACUCGAAUAGCCAGUCAGAUCCAGUGGGAACGCCAUCUUGCAGGAGCUGGUAUAAAAACACUUUAGGUAAGUAUAUUUUCUAAUCUAUGCAUUUGCUAGCAAUGUAGCUAACCAAUCUAAAUUUUAUAUGGAGGCCUAUUUGGAGGUUUACCACCAAUAGAAUAAUUCUGUGUGAAAUAUCAAUAGUUUACUGUCUCCCGCUAUUUGCAUAGAGAAACUAUGAAAUCACACAAUGCUGUAUCAGCUUGCUGCGUUUUUUUUCAGUGAAAAUAGUAAUUUUUCAUCCCAUACAAGGAUUAAAGGAAUAUAAAUAUAUUUAUUUUUAAUCUUUGGAUGUGUUUUUUUUUUUUUUUCUUCGAUUCAGCACUCUGUGUUAACAAGUACAAAAUAUACAAUUAAACUGCCCUUUAAUCCAGUACUAAGCAGUCCCUCUUGAGAUAAUUGUGCUCGGUCUUGGGCAUAUUCAAUUCUUUUCAUAUAGAAGCAUUAGAUAACUACAGCGCAUGUAUACCAAUUGCUGUGCUGCAUCAGUGGGAUGCUUCUCAUAGAGAAGCAUUAAACCCAAUGGUUCUCUAUGAGAAGCACUAAAAACAUCGGGAGCCAUCAUACUGUGCGUGAUAACUCCAAAUCAGAAAUCCUUUGAUUUAUAAAGGCUUUCAGUGAGGACACUGAAACACUGCGGUUUCUCAGAAACAUUUAUUUAUUUAUUUAUUUAUUUAUUAUGCCAGACACAACGGACAAUAGUUUGGCACCAAAUCCACAUCAUUACGUUUAAGUAGUGUUGGUGUUUAGAAUGCCUUUAAAGAGCUUAUGUUUUUUGCCUGAAGUCUUUCAAUAGCUGUGUUCCUUGAUUACCAGCAGCAUUAGAAAUGGUAUUGUGCAAUACUCAUUAAAUAUCUCAUAACAAAUAACUGUCUCAGAGGCAAAGUAUCGCUGCUCCUGCAUAUAUUGCAUGAUCAUCCUUUUAACUUUAUAACACUCCUGCAUUAUACUACGGUUAACAUGGAUACAACUCAUUCAGCUCCAUUUUAAUGGAUGUGAUUAUUGUUCAGUUACAUUUUAUAGCGCAUGAGACUGAACCCUGAGUGAUGGCCUGAUGCCUUCCACACAAAUAUAGCUGAUAUUUUCUUGCACCUUUUAUACUUUGUUAUUCUUUGUUUUCCUUCAGAUAUUGUUUUUUUUUUCUAACCACAAGCUCUUCUCUUUUGAGAUAAAUUCCAUAAGGUAAUUGCAUCUCCAACACUAUAACUAUUUAUUCUCAUUGAAGUGGUUAUAGUGCCCGGAAUCCCCUUGUGUCAUCUCUCCAGUCAGUGUUAAGCUGCUUUUGAAUAGUUUAACACCCAGAAUCCAGAGCCCAUCUCCCAAUUCAUACCAGCAACGGGCAGCUGUGAUAGGCUGAGAGCGGUAGCAUUAAAAAAAUUCAAAAGCUGUUUAACACUAAAUUGACACAUGACACUAGGGGACUUCAGACAAUAUAACCACUUGAAUGAGAAGUGGGUACAGUGCCUAUAUUGUUCCUUAUAUUAGAAAAUAUCUGAGAGAAUAAGCAUAAUAAUGAUACUAUUUAACUAGUUAGUUAUUAUUAUUCUAAUCACGCUUAAAGGAAUCAGGGAACCAGGAAUACAAUUCUCCACAUAAUGCAUUAGUUAUUGUAACAUAAUCUAACCCAAUCAAAGCUUCCUAUUGCUGGAUCCAGUGCUUGGCUAUCUUCCCACCUUGACUGUGUUAGAUGCACACUUGUGAGACAUUUCAGUACUUUGCACAGGUAUAUUUGCAAAUUUAAAAAAUAAAUAAAAAUAAUAAUUCAUAAAUCUCCCCCUCCAAUAAUAUUGUGAAGCGUUACAGAAUUUGUUGGCGCUAUAUAAAUACCAAUAAUAAAGAUGUAUUUAACUGCUUUUUGAAGAAAAAUAAUUAUAUUAAGCAUUUUAUUGGAAUUGGAACAAAGUAGCAGAUCUGUACAAAACUAACAAAGAGAAAACAGAAGUGCAUGUAUAAUAUUUAGCCCCUCUGUAUUGAAUUAUUGUAUAGUUUUGGAAUGUAACAAGCUAAUCUAUAAACUAUUUUAGAUCUGUAAAGUACUUCGAUGCUCUCUAUGUUUGCAGGCUAUUUAAUGGUUUGUAACUUGUCCACAAUUUCAGGCGUGUCUUGUUAUUUGGUUCCAGUUACUUUGAAAAACAGAAGGCAGAAUGGCAGACAGAACCUCAAGAACCACCAAUCCCAGAAUCCCUUGCUGCAGCCGCAGCAGCUGCACAACAGCUGCAAGUAGCCAGAAAGCAGGAUACCCGACAGACAGCUACGUUCCGCCAGCAGCCGCCUCCUAUGAAGGUAACAUCUCAUCUCCGUCUCCCGUAUCUUACUAGCUUUAGUUUGUGAAUGUUACUUAUCUACAACUUUCAAAUACAGACCAGUUAUGUACUAUAUGUACUAUUUAACAUAGUGACCACAUUGGUCAAUUUCACUUCAGUGUUCACUUAAAGGGACACUCUUAGCACCAUAAUUACUACAACUUUUUGUAGUAGUUAUGGUGUUGUGAGCAUAUGGGUACCAUCAACCUAUUUUUUUUUUGUCCAUCUGUUUUCAGGUAGUUUGUCCAUAAUUUGGGUUCAUUCAAUAACACAGGUGCCGACUUGACAGUGUGAAAGUUUUACUUUCAUAUUAUCUUUCUAAGCUUGCAUGACACUGGAUAACCUGGGCAGUUUAUCGAAAUGCUGUAUAAUUUCUGCCUCUAACUCCAAGAGUUUUUGAGACUUGUAUUAACUUGCAGCAUCUAUAAAUAUAAUAAUUGAAAGCUAUAAAACCCGAGAGCUUCUCAAUCUAAUUACUUGUGAGGUCACAGGAAAUGUUUUCAUUAGAAUAUCUAUCUGGUUCCACCCCUAAGGGCAAAGCAGAUUCAAAAAGACAGGAAAGACUAAUUUGUAUAUGCAGAUAUGUACAACCCAGGACCGUCAUUGUUGGUAACACAAUUUGGGUUUGUUUGAUUGCCCAUCCUACUUUCUACACCAUAUUUCUCUCAUCAUAAACUCCAAAAUAUACUCCAAAGUCAAAUAACCCUCCUUUCAUACCCAACAAAAUAAUACACCCACCAGUUGCAAUAACAGUGACCAUGUUCUUUUUAUUAUUAUUAUUAUUAUUGCCAUUUAUAUAGCGCCAACAGAUUCCGUAGCGCUUUACAAUAUAAUGAUAGGGGAUUUAACUAUAAAUAGGACAAUUACAAAUAAACUUACAGGAACAAUAGGUUGAAGAGGACCCUGCUCAAUCGAGCUUACAUUCUAUAGGAGGUGGAGGUGGUGAAUAAUAUCAGGAAGUAUUACUUUACUGAGAGGGUAAUGGAUGCAUGGAAUAGUCUUCCAGCUGAAGUGGUAGAGGUUAACACCGUAAUGGAGUUUAAGCAUGCGUGGAAUAGGCAUAAGGCUAUCCUAGAUACAAGAUAAGGUCACGGACUAAUCAAAGUAUUUAGAAAAUUUGGCAGACUAGAUGGGCCGAAUGGUUCUUAUCUGCCGUCACAUUCUAUGUUUCAAUAAACAUCAGAAUCCUGGGCCUCCAGGAUGGUAGCUACAGGUAACAAGUCUUUCCAUGUAAUGAUCAUGACUCCCAUCUCUAAGUAUGUAAUCCAGAAGGUUAUUUGUUGACUUGAGUAGAAGAUAAAGCUAACAGAUAAUACAUUUGCUCUGGAUUCCAUAGAGAUAAUUGGUUGUAAGGUACCAUACCUGUGCUGUUUUGCUUUAAAGGAAUACGAAAGGGACAGGAACUCUAAAACAUUAAAGUGUCAGGAAUAUUCCUGACCCUAUAGUAUUUUAAACACCAUUUAGGCCCCCCGCCCCCCUAAAUAUAGCAAAAUCUUACUGCUGCUGGCUCUGCCCCUUGUAUGCCUCCUUGGCUGACAUCAUCAGAAAUGUUGAACUGAGCUAAUCGCAAUGCUUUCACAUAGGAAAGCAUUGGAUUGGCUGAGCUUGUCAAAGAGGUAGAUCAGGGGCAGAGCCAGCACAAGUUAAACACAGUACUGGCCAAUCAGGGGUGUAAAACACAUUAGGACAGGAAAUAUCAAUCAAAUAAGGUGGGCUGCCCUUUAGGAGAGGGCAAGAGACGGGUAUGUGAGGUAGGGGUUAGUCUUGGAGGCCAUAAGCUUUCCUAAAGAGAUGGGUUUUCUUUACCCUUUUAUGAAUAGAACCCAAGUUGUAUUGCAUUACCUGCUGACCUCUUCUUUAAUGAAAUAGAAGAAAACAAAAUUAAAAUAAGAAAAUUUAUUUGCAAAACCCCUGCGCUAUGUUAGACGGAACAGCUUAGUAUAUGAUUUGUUAUUCAGUUCCCUGGGACCUUAUUAGUGUGAUGUGAAGCCAUUUGAAUUCUUGAUUUUGUUGUCUUUCUUUUUAAAAAUAUUUUGUUAGAUGCUUGGCAUGAGAUUUAAUCCAAUGUCUCUUUAUCUCUUUAGGCUUGCUUGUCUUGUCAUCAGCAGAUUCAUCGCAAUGCACCCAUCUGCCCACUUUGCAAAGCAAAGAGUCGGUCUCGAAAUCCAAAGAAGCCAAAGCGGAAACAGGAUGAAUAGAUGCCCAUUUUGCCCUCUCUAAUACUGAUUUACCCCUAAUGUCCCUGACACUUUCUUGUAACAAUGUAACCGUGGUUGCCCUGAAAUCCGUGCAGUCUUGAACUGGAUUUGUGUUGUUUUUCUAUUUAACGUGUUGUAAGCACAACAGGGCCUGUCUCAUUACAGCGGCAUCAUUGCAGUGAAAAACAAAAACGAGUUUGGCAAUGCCAAUGUUUUAAGCGGCUCAGGCUGCAAAUCUGCCGUAAUUGUACAUUCCCCGUGAUUGACGUGCAUUUUCCUUUAAAAAUAGACGUUGUUUUGGUGCUAUUCUUACAUUCUGACCUUUGAACAUGAUCAAAAUAUAAUAAUAUUGAAUAAAAUAGAGAAUUUGAAGAGUUAUCCCUGUGGUUUUUAAUGCGGCAAAUACAUGGCCUGCCCUUGUAGACAAAAUGGAUCAAUAUAAUAAAAAGUAAACAUGCAUAGAACAUUGUUAAUAUACUUUGUUAAUUCCUGUGUUGAGGGAGCUCUGUUAGAGUGUUAGUUAAACAUCUGUUCAUUGCUAAGACUUUUGUUCUUAUCUGCAAAAAUGUUAUAUUAAAGAGAUGCUCACAUUUGUUUUACUACUGCCUUCUGCAUUUCAUUAACACUAGAUGGGUAGAUUAACAGUGUUG